GUAACCUUGGAGCCGGGGGUACUACUCAGUGGAGGAAUAUCAGCACGCAAUAAUGAUGCACAGAGGCAUAUCCCCGUUCUCACCGAUUCGGAUAGGUAAGUUUGCGAGUCCCGGUGCGCUGACCUAUCUACAACCAAUGAGGACGACGACUCUCAUCCAUCGUGGGUAACAUGCAACCAAAACGCGUAGCCACCCGUCUUUCCGAGGUUCCGUCCGAUGUCGAGUGACGUUUUUCGGCCAGGCACUCAAAAAGUAAAUUUAGCAUGUGAUCGAGUCUUAUAAAGCGCGCGCUUGUUGUCUCAUCUUCCUCAUCACGACCUUCCAAUCAUGAGUUUCUGCAAGGACUGUAUCUCAGGUGUCACUCACGAUGGUAUUCCGACAGGAAAGAUCGAACAAAUUGGAGGUGUGGAAUGCUACGUCGCAACUCCCACUGUGGAGUAUCCUAAAGACAAGGUCGUUCUCUUCUUGCCGGAUGUCUUCGGAAUCAUUCUUCCGAAUGCGCAACUCCUUGCGGACGAUUUCGCUAAAAACGGUUUCAAGACUGUUAUUCCUGACUAUCUGAACGGGGAUGCUGUCGCUGCUGAUGCUAUGGGACCUGGCAAAUCAUUCGAUCUUCCGAGUUGGUUUGUUAACCACACCCCCGCCCAUACACGCCCUCCCUUGGACAAGGUCAUCACUGAGUUGAAGGAAUCUGGAGUAACUGACUUUGGUGCGACUGGAUACUGUUUUGGAGCUCGUUAUGUGUUUGACCUUGCCUUCGACGGCGUUAUCAAGGCUGCUGUCGUAUCUCAUCCAUCUCUACUCAAUUUCCCUGACGAUUUUGAGAAAUACGCUGCGACUGCGAAAGCACCCCUGCUCAUCAAUAGCUGCACAUUCGACCAGAUGUUCCCCCAGGAAAUUCAUGAGAAAACUGACGAGUUGUUUGUCAAGUUUUCCCCGGGGUACAAGCGUGAAUACUGGGAGGGCUGUACACACGGUUUUGCUGUUCGUGGCGAUUUGAGCAAUCCCCAGGUCAAGGCCGGAAAAGAAGGAGCCUUCAAGGCUGCAGCCCAGUGGCUCCGUAACAAUCUGUGAAUCUAUUCUAUAUGUAAGCGACAAAGAUGGAGUGGGCGGACUCUGUGUGAGUAUGC